UUUCUUGUACAUAUCAAUGAUUUCAAUUCUUUUCUUUUCUUCUCCAUUUCCAAACCCUAGAGAGAGAAGGGAAAAACAAUCAAAGCAAACAGGCUGACAAAAUUCCAAAUCUCCAAAAAAUGAGAGAGAGAUAAUUUUUUAAGAGAUUCCUAAAGGAGAGAAUUCCUUUAGAGAGAAAAAAAUACUAAGUUUUCAACUUUGCAAUGCAAAAUUCCUCUUUUUUCUUCAAUUCAAUUCCUUCCUCUUAAAAAGAUCCUUCCUUUUCUUUUUUCUACAGAUCAACAAACCAAAAACCCUUCAAUGAUUUCCAAUCCAAAUCAUGUUUUCUAUGCUUGCAUUGCUAAGGGACCUACAGUUCUUGCAGAGUUCUCAUCAUCAAAAGAAUCAGGAAUUGAAAUCAUUGGUCAAAGAUGCAUAGAGGAAACCCCACCUAACCAUUCCAUGUUUUCCCAUACAACCCGCAACAAGACUUACACUUUCUUAAUUGAUGACCCUUUUGCCUAUUUUGCUAUUUUUGAUGAGAAUCUCCAAAAGUCUGAGUCUUUAUGGUUUUUGAACCGUGUAAAGGAUGCUUUUGAGGAGUUUUUGGGGGCUAAGAUGAUGAAAGAUGGUGAAAAGAUGGGUUCCUUUUGUUUCCAAGGUGAAUUGCGGUUUGUGUUUAGACAGAUAUUGGCGUUGGAUGCUGACUUGGUGAAUGCUUUAAUGGAGGAAUCAACAAAGGAUAGUAGGAAUCCAAGCUUGGAUUCGACGAAAGCGAAGGGAGCUGUGAUUAGACCUUUGCUUCCGAAGCCAAGUAAAGUCUUGAUGAAGAAAAAGAAGAGAUCACCAGGAGAGGCUAAUGGAGAUCAUCAUGGUGGUGAUUUGGAUAAUAACAAGGCGAGUGGUGUUGGUGAGAAUGGAAGUAGGGAGUUUUCGGUUACGAUGAUGCAAAAGAGUGGUGGGUUUUAUAUGGGGGAUGGCAAGCAAAAGGCUAAACAGAUUUGGAAGAAGCAUGUUUGGGUGGUUUUGAUAUUGGAUCUGAUUGUUUGUGCAGUUUUGUUUGGGGUUUGGUUGUGGGUUUGCAGAGGGCUUAAGUGCAUUGAUGGUUGAAUUUGAGGUAUUCAAAUCCAAAGGGGGAUGCUAUUGAUAUGCUAGUAUAUUGGGGGUGUUCUGCUUGUAUAUUGGUUAUUAACAUUGGAGCUGGUUAAGGUUUCUACAUCAAAGACAGGGAAGAAGAUAUAAUUGGAUUCUAAGAAUAAUUAUUAUUGACCGGCUCGCAAGUUCCGUAGUGGCAUCUAUUGGUAAAUUCUUCAACUCUUUGUACCAUCAAUUUCUGGAGAAAUGACAGAGCUCCAAUGUUUUAUAUGCACAUCUUGUAACGGCGGGGUGUGUAUGUACAAGCCACAUAUAGAAAUUCUGCAGGCUUUUUUCCGAUGUUAUCUUCUUCCCUUCGUUUUUAGUUGUCAAUGAUUCUGCUGAUGUUCUGUUGCUCUCUUUGGUUGCCCGAGCAGAAGUUAUUUUUUUCAGAAUGUCUGUGUUUCACUGGAACUUCUUGGAUCUGGCUGCAAUAUAUUUUCCUCUUCUCGUC